CCUCAAUUAUAUAUUAUUAAAAAAGGGGGAGUUACCCAAAAGUUCUUUUCCGGUUUGGUCUUCGUCAUUCUCUUGUGAUUUUUCCAAAACAAAAUAUUUUCCACUGUCCAGUUUGCCUAGGUCUAGCUAGCUGCUAGAGUCUAGAUUGACUAGAUCUAAUCUAGAUAUCUAGAUUUAGAGACUUAAAGGGUCUAGUUUUUACAAUGCAGAGCAUAAUUAAUUCAGUUAAAGGUACUGCCCUUGGAGUAGCUGAAUAUUUAACGCCGGUUUUAAAGGAGUCCAAGUUUAAAGAAACUGGUGUCAUAACUCCUGAGGAGUUUGUGGCAGCAGGGGAUCAUUUGGUUCAUCAUUGUCCAACUUGGCAAUGGUCAACUGGAGAUGAAAGCAAGGUGAAGGCCUACCUCCCGAAAGAUAAACAGUUUCUGAUCACAAGAAAUGUACCAUGCUACAAAAGAGUCAAACAAAUGGACAACCACCAAGAGGAGCAAGAGAAAGUGAUAGAGGAGGAAGAUGAAGAUGGAGGAUGGGUAGACACACAUCACUAUGUUAGUGAGCCAGCUGUCAAUGCUCUACAAGAUGACAUGGGAGAAAUGACUUUAGAAAACAAGGAUUCUGCAACAUCUUCAUUAAAAACAGCUGUGAAGAAAGACGACGAUGAUGAUGACGAUGAUGAUGAAGAGGCAGAAGACAUGGAAGCUUUUGAAGAGAGUGGAAUGCUGGAGGAGCAAGAUGAGUCAGCUAUAUCUGUUCCAGUAAAGAAAGAUAUUUCAACAGAAGGUGCCUCGGCUGGAGACAGUGGUAUUAUUCAGACAAGAACUUAUGACUUAAAUAUAACUUAUGACAAGUAUUACCAAACUCCUAGACUCUGGCUCUUUGGAUAUGAUGAGAACAGGAAACCUUUGACUGUAGAACAAAUGUAUGAUGACCUGAGCCAGGACCAUGCUAAAAAGACAGUCACUAUGGAAGCACACCCAAAUUUACCUGGCCCACCCAUGGCUUCAGUCCAUCCCUGCAAGCAUGCUGAUGUUAUGAAGAAGAUCAUCCAGACAGUAGCAGAAGGAGGUGGAGAAUUAGGUGUUCAUAUGUAUCUCAUGAUUUUUCUCAAGUUUGUCCAAGCAAUCAUCCCAACCAUUGAAUAUGAUUACACAAGACAUUUUUCUAUGUGAUUUUUUUUUUCUUUUCUUUAAUUUAAGUAUUUACAAAGUGAUACAAAAACAAUUAUUUGAAUGUCAUGGAUGGAGUAUAUAAAAGACAAAUUGUGGAAGAAAAUAAAAACUUCAUUGAUCCUUAAAGCAAAAUUGUCAAAAAAAAAAGUAACCAGACAGACAUUUGAUGUUAUAAUAAGAUUUUUGUUCACAAGUCUUAGUCUGAAGAUUAUUUUCAAGCUCUAUUUCUAUCAUUUUAUUUGCCCACUUAGUAAAUCAUCGUUUUAUGAUGAAACUUGUAUAACUUUUUAUUGGUAAUCAGAAAAUACAAAAUUUGGUCUUCGAUUGUUGGCAAUGCCCCCCCCCCCCUCUUUUUUUUGUUUUUAUUUCAUAAAUUACUAAUUUAUUUUAAAGAAUAAAAAAGGUGUUUUAUUUUUGUAUCAAGAACAUUAAAAAUUAAACUCACUGAUUCUGGACAAAAUGUUAUAUAUCAAGUUGCAUAGAAUCAGAUCCUUGAUCUAGAAAGAAUUUUACUAUCCAAUUUGAAUUAAGACAAAUAUUUUACUUGGUAUGAUAUUUAUUAAUUAAGUUGACCCCUCUCCUUCCCUCCAAAAAAGAAAAAAAGGAAAACAGAAUAGAAUGAAAGUGACCACAUGAAACCCUUUCUUUGUUAAAAAAAAAGUUAAAGUAAAGGUAGCUAUUGAAACAAAAAAAAACAUUUAGAGUUCACAUUUUAAAUAUUAAAAAAAUAUAUUUUCCAAAGUUUUGAAAUUUGUGUUUAUUUUGUUUUUUCAAGCUGCUUUUGGAUUGACAUUUUUUAAUGUGCAUUUUGGAUUUUUAAAAAAUCUUCUUAGUACUAGGGCUAGUUGUCAGCUGAAAUGUCAUGAGCCAUUCAAUAUCAUAUCCAUAUUUUUUUUAAUUUCCAUUUUGAUAUUUGACAGAGCAUUCAUUUUGGUUUAUUAGAUCUUUUUGUUAAACCUGCCUUGUCCUGUCUUUUUUUUUAAAACAUGUUUCACUUGAAUCUUUGAAACAUGCUUUAUGAAGUCAUUGUGUUGGAAGCAAUUUAUAUUUCAUUUCGAUGUAGCUAAUAACUUAAAUAACUGUGAUGGGGGGUUGCAAUGUUCUUGUAAUGAAGCUAAUAAUACAAUAAAUGUGUUCAUAGAGUGAUCUUUGAUCAAUAUUUACUAGGCUGGCCUCUGUAAGCAUGUAGAUUGCUCAGAAAUUAUCAUUUGAUAUUUGAAGACGAACGAUGUUGACAUAGACACGUUCAAGAGAUUUUUGUAUCAUUAAGCUGCUUGAAAGUGGUCUUAUAAAGGGUUUAUCAGAAAAUGUAUUGUUUGUUUGUUUUACGUGUUUUGGAUGUCCCUUUCAGAAUAAAAGAUUAUUACUUCCUAACCCAAACCUCCUGCAGGAUAGCAGGGGAUGGUGGCGGCCAGGGUUUGAACAUGGGACCAAUAGUCCAGAGCGCAUGCCACAUGACCAGACAGCCAUCCAAAUUUUGACUGUUAGGAGGAACAUGAGUUUAAAAUUUUGAGUUUUUAGGACAGCCACCUACUUACCUUUUGUUUAAGCUCUUCCCUAUGGAAUAAUGAAGCAAAGUGAUUAAAUGGGAAUUUUUACUUCAGUAUUUUUUUUCAUGUGCUCAGUAUGUAAUAGUUGUUUGCACACAAAAUCAAAGCUUUGAAGCAUCAACUCCAGUUUAGUUUUGUAAUUUCAGUAAAUUUAUCUACUAUCUAGCCACCUCCUCAUGUAGCAUAACAGAGGUGGACAUCUUUUAGUUCACUACACUUAGAUUUGACAUGUUUUGCAAUGUACUGUAGCUAAGAUUCAACAAAUGCAUUCAUAUGUGCUGAAGAGUUAACUCUUGCUUUUUAAUUGUCUGUGUAUCAUAAAAAAGCAUUCCAGCUAAUAUAGAUGUUCAUAUUUUUCAUGCAUACUUUUUUUUUAAAGUUAUAUUUAAAAAGAGUCAACCAAUGGAAAAAAAAACCCUAUAUAUUUUUAAAUAGAUGCUUAGUGAUAGAUUAUAAGUAUAUUUAAUUACAUUAGUUGAAAUGUAAAAGUUUUAUAUUGUUAUAUUGUGUGUGCCCAAGCAUCUGUUAUUACUUGAACUCAUUAUAUUUCAUGUUACAAAUGUGUACACUGCAAUAGAAAUGCCUAUUGUCCAGCCAUGUCAGUUUUAUGAGCAAUUUGUGUCUUAUCACAAUAAAGUCUAGCUUUGUCACUGUC